AUGUUUUGGUACGAUGGAUGUGUCCUAACCACAAACAACGUCUUUAGCGAUCUCCUGCAAUGCCAGUGGCUUUGCGAGGAACCAAUUCCCUAUAAAUCAAAAACGUGUCUUGAACCUUUCGACGAGCAAUAUAGAGGCGAUUGUAAUGGACCAUGGACGAAAAGAUACUAUUUUGACAAGUAUAAUAAGCGAUGCGAAGCAUUUUGGUACAGUGGGUGUAAGGGAACCAGUCAGAACAUGUAUCGAGAUGAACGAACUUGUUUAGAGAUCUGUGGACAUCCCUCAAGAAAUCGGGAACAAGAACCGUACUCAAAGUCUGUCACUGAGUCGACACUUGCGAGAGACAGGCAGCCACGGCGCACAGAAGCUCCAACAAAAUUGAUUGAAGUUACAGAAAAGAUAAGACGAAAAAUUUUUAAUAUUUGCGAGUACGAAAAUCCAUGUAAGAAUAAUGGGAAAUGUAAUUUUGAUCUCAACAAAAACAAAUCUUUCUGCGAAUGCGCUAAAGGUUACAAAGGAGAGAACUGUACAGAGCAAAUUGUAUUCGAUCCAUGCGUCCCAAAUCCUUGCCAGAACGGAGCAACUUGUCUUAUCAAUGCAGAAAACAAGACUGCUUUUCAGUGUUUUUGCACAAAAGGUUACGGCGGAGAUGUAUGUAAUAAAAGGCCGUGUGAUCUAAAUCCAUGUUUCAACAACGGAAGCUGUACACCAACCACUGGCUAUCCAUGGUUUGUAUGCAAAUGUGACCCAAAUUACAGUGGCAGACUUUGCGAAGACGAAAAAAAUGCGAACGGUACCGAAACAACUAAGUAUGGUUCACAGGUGAAACAAAUAUCAAGUGGAGAGCAGAAAUGGAUAGAAGAGAUCAAAAAACGAGAGGAAGAGAAAAUGAAAAUGGAACUUGAAAAAGCAAUGAAAACCACCGCCGUAUAUAACGCUGAAAAUGAAAACAGCAAAAGUAGACGAGACGGUAAACCGACACUUUAUUCAGUCACUAAACAACCAGGGAGGAAAUCAAGCAGAAAAAUUUGGAAAUCACGAAAUGCCACUGCAAUUGCUUCAAAUCCACUAGCAGCUGACAGUGCAGCAGCACCUCCAGCAGCUGUACCACAAAUUACCAAAUUUUGUGCUACACUGAUUACUGCGGAUCUGCUAUCUGAUUCAACGCCACUUGUUUUAAAAAUUCCCUCUUCAAGUUUUGAGGCCAUUCAAGAGCCCAUAUCUUACAGCUCGUUAAAAGCCGCUUGA